UCCGCCUUACCUGUACUUGAGAAGCUGCAUCGUCAAAUGAUUGUUUUGCUGCUUCCUCACUCUCAUAUUAAGUGACUCAAAUUUGUUUUAAUAUGAAUGUAUUUAUACCUAAAAAGCACAUGUAAUAGAAUGUCACUUAAUAAGCUCUGGAAACAGAAACAAACAUGAAAAUCUCCCAAAAAAUUGGCAUGCUUUCAUGGUUUUGAAUAUUGCUUGCUGAAGCCUGUAGUUUUUCCAGUGGAUUUGGUGUCUUUCCAAACAUUUGAUCUGCAAAUCGAUUUUCAUGUUGAGAGGAAAUUGUUUCAAGUACAUUGGUCAGGAUUUUGUUUUCUGACAUUUUGUGUCAGGCCUUCGUGGGCGAUUAUCCAUUUGGUCACGCGCUAGCAUGGGCCUCGAGUUACUCCCAUUCCUUGGUACUCCUGCUAUAAAAUGCAACAGAAGAAGAACCCUUGGUUCCCUCAAAAAACGAAUCCCCAAAAACUUGGCCGUUCUACUUCUUCCCCAAGUGUCCUACAGCCGCGCCGCCCCGCCCCGCCCCGGGGAGUGGUAAAUCUCCCGCCACUCCAACGCUCGCCGUUCUCCCCCAACUCCUCUCUCGCUCGCCGCACCUCGCCUCGGUGACCCCCUUCCUUCUCCGCUCCAAAGCCCCUCCCACGCGCCUACGCCGCCGCCGCCGCCAGAUCCGUCGUCUUCAAGCCCUGGUAAGGAGAACGUAAUCCGGUACGGCGUGGCGCCUGAGAUGAGCACCAGCGGAAUCGGAGCGAAGCGCGUCUGGAUGCCAUCGGACUCCGCGGCGGACGACGGCCUCAGCCCCUCCGCCAAGCAGCCGAGGAGCGGCGGUCUUCCUUCGCCCUCGCCGUCCUCCCCGCGCUCCCAGUCGCGUUCCCCGGCGCGGUCCCCUUCCCGCUCGCCCUCUCGCUCGCCGGUUCCGCCCGCCCGCAGCCAGAGCCGUAGCCGGAGCCGCGACCGCUACAGCCGCAGCCGCAGCCGCGAUAGCCAGAGCGCGUCAGAAGAAGAGGCCGACGGGAAUGGGGGGCAAGUCUGGAGGCCACAUUCGUACAGGGAGAGAGGCGAGCAAGGGCGCGGCGCCGGCGAGUACAGCGUCUGCAUCGGCGACUACGACCAGCUCUUCACCUGCCGGGCCUGCCGCCGCAUGCUCUCCUCGCGGGUCUACGAGUGCUCGGCGGGGCACCUGACGUGCUCGAGGUGCCGGCGCGAGAUCGGGGCCGGCCGGUGCAGCCGCUGCACGGAGCCCGUGGCGCGCAGCCGCGCCGUGGAGGGCUUCGUGGCCACGAUCAGCUUCGCGUGCCGCAACCAGGAGUUCGGGUGCGAGGAGUUCCUGCCGCAGCGCGAGAUGCGCGCCCACGAGCGCGCCUGCCACCACGAGCCUUGCUUCUGCCCGGCGCCACGCUGCGGCUUCGCCGGCCCGACCUACGCGCUCCAGUCCCACCUCGCCGCCGUCCACAGCUGGGACGUGGUGCCGUUCCGCUACGGCGAGAGCUUCCAGAUCCACGCGGCUCUCGCGCCGGAGACCGUCUUCCGCUGCGACGACUACGGCGAGCUCUUCCACAUCAUCGCCUCCCGUGAGGCCUGCGGCUCCGCGCUCUCCAUGGUCUGCAUCCGCCCCGACAACGCCUGCAAGCAGGAGCUCACCUACGAGCUCAAGUUGCCGGCGACGGCAGAGGCAGGUGGGGGGCGUCACCGGCUGCAGAUUUCGUCCACCGUGUGGAACACCUCGCUGCGGUACGGCAUCGGCGAGGGCGCCGACGUGUUCCUGAUGAUCCCCGACAAGCUUCCGGGCAACGAGGCCGACCGUGUCGUCGAGGUCUGCAUCCGCAAGGUGGAGGAGCCCGGUGCAACCCGUAACUAGCUUAAGCUGCAUGCUGAUUGACGCUGUUAUCUAGCAGUAGGUCUAGGUUUAACCGUCUGCCGUUUUUGUGUCUUGGUUCUUCUGCCGCUGAGAAGGUUUCGGUUCACAGCCUUACUGUUGACUGCGUGCUUGCUCAAAUCUUAGGUUCGUCUCGUAUUUUGGCGAUACUGUAGACUGCAGGGAACUUUCAGGUCCUGUUCGAGGUAGAAGAGGUAAUUGGGAUAUUAUGCUGAAUUUGCAGGCAAGAUUUUACUGUUAUUCAUUCAUCUCUUGUUACAGAUUCCUUC